GGGUGGAUGCUUUUAUGGAUGCAUGCAUGCAUGGAUGUAUGGAGAGUAGAUCGGCGCUAAUUGGCUACAGCAGGUGUGUUUUGUACAUAUCUCCUCAGCCUGCCGCCGUAUUCAGGACGGACGCUACGGAUUUUACGUAAAAUGUGCCGUUACGCUGGGUGCAGCAUCCGUCCCUCUAUACGGCCACGACGCAUACGAGCUGCAUGCAUAGCGUCUAGAAAAAUGCGCGGAUGAUUUUUUUACGUGUUCAUCCUCGUAAACCCGACUCGCGUUCGGUUUCUACAGCUCGCGUCGACUGCAUCGCGUCUUUUCAUCUCGUAUUAUUUGUUCGGUGUUUAUUCCCCGUUAUUCACCGUCUCCGCGCGCCACUGACGCGCUCCGGAUCUGUUGGAGACACAGAAUCAAUUGAACAAACGGAGAGCGCAAAACACCAUUAGGGGAUCCGUCGAUUUGGCGCAAGGAAAUAAGAAAAGAGGUUGCCACAUGGUUGUGAAAUGUAUCAUGCGUAUUUAGAAGAGGAUUUGGAUAAUGUCACGGACGCAUGAGAGAAGAACGUAAGCAAAGUCAUUGCUGACUGUGAUGAUUCUGAUGGAAAGCAGAAGAUUCCCAUAGCAGCAUCCAGUGCUGUUAUCAACUGUGUGGAUUCACACUUGGAUGCCACAAGUUACCCGAUUACCCGAAGUUGAUAGAAAGGGGCAGGACAUGACCCAGUUGCCAUGCAGGCUGCUAUGGUAACAGGCUUUUUUAGCCCUUCCCCCCUCAUCUGUUUGGUCCAGCUGUUGUUGUGGCCCCACCUCCUUGGACCUAGAUUGGCUGAGGCCAGUCCUUCCUGCCCUGCUCCCUGCAGCUGCUCCAAUCAAGCUAGUCGAGUCAUCUGUACCAGAAAAGGCUUGAAUGAAGUUCCUCAGAGUAUCUCGUCCAAUACUCGAUACCUCAACCUACAGGAGAACUCCAUACAGGUGAUCAAGUCAGACACCUUUAAGCAUCUAAGUCACCUGGAGAUUUUGCAGCUGUCUAAGAACCAGAUUCGUCAGAUCGAGGUUGGAGCGUUUAAUGGCCUCCCCAAUCUCAUCACGCUGGAGUUGUUUGACAACAGACUGCCACUGGUUCCAUCCCAAGCUUUCGAGUACCUGAGCAAGCUGCGUGAACUCUGGCUGAGAAACAACCCCAUAGAGACGCUGCCAGCUUACGCUUUCCACCGCGUGCCAUCCCUGCGGCGGCUAGAUCUCGGCGAGCUACGCAAACUGAGCUUCAUCUCAGAGGUGGCGUUUGAUGGGCUGGAGAACCUACGUUUCCUGAAUUUGGGCAUGUGCGGGCUUAAGGACGUACCCAACUUGACACCCCUCGUGCGGCUGGAGGAACUGGAGCUGUCGGGCAACCAGCUGGGUGUGGUGCGGCCUGGAUCCUUUCAGGGUCUAGUUUCCCUACGUAAACUGUGGCUUAUGCACUCUCGGAUUUCCGUCAUCGAGCGGAACGCCUUCGAUGAUCUCAAGAACCUGGAGGAGCUCAAUCUGUCCCAUAAUUCUUUGCACUCAUUGCCCCACGAUCUGUUCACCCCGCUGCAGCAGCUGGAGCGUGUGCAUCUGAACCACAACCCAUGGGUCUGCAACUGUGACGUUCUAUGGUUGAGCUGGUGGCUGAAAGAAACUGUGCCCGAUAACUCCACGUGUUGUGCACGAUGUCACGCGCCGCCAGGCACCAAGGGUAGGUACAUCGGAGAUCUCGACCUGCGAGACUUCACCUGCUAUGCACCUGUGAUCGUGGAACCACCUACUGACCUGAACGUGACGGAGGGAAUGGCCGCCGAGCUGAAAUGCCGCUCAGGCACAUCCAUGACGUCCGUUAACUGGCUGACCCCCAACGGCACCUUCUUGACCCACGGUGCGUACAAAGUGCGGAUCUCUGUCCUGCACGACGGCACCCUGAAUUUUACCAACGUGACCAUGCAGGACACAGGGCCGUAUACCUGCAUGGUGACCAACUCUGCCGGCAACACCACCGCAACCGCCGUGUUGAACGUUUCUGCUCCCGACCCAGGCAGCGGAUACAGCUACUUCACAACUGUUACCGUGGAAACCGUCGAGACGGGGCAAGGCGGACACGAUUCGGCACAGCAGUUUGUCAACGAGACCUUCAUCAGCAUUCCAGGGCCGACGGCUGCAUCCGCAUCAGCAGGUCCGACCGGCUCCAUGCUGUCCUCACUGUCGCCCCGAGCAACCCGUGCACCCGAUCGCCCAUUCACCGUCUCCAUUACAGAUGUGGCCAACCUGUCGGGUCUGGAGGACGUGAUGAAGACCACCAAGAUCAUCAUCGGCUGCUUCGUUGCCAUCACCUUCAUGGCGGCCGUGAUGCUGGUUGUCUUCUACAAGCUCCGCAAGCAGCACCAGCUUCACAAACACCACGGCCCGGCACGCGCCAUUGAGAUCAUAAACGUCGAAGAUGAGCUUGGUUCUGCGGGAGGAGCCAGUGGCAUCACAGGGGGGAGCACCGUCCACAUGGGUGCGGGGAUGGGCGGAGGAGGCGGGCAGAGUCAGAGAAUCCAAGAUCCCGAGAUCAUGACCCUGCCAAGCGUCGGACAGUCUGACCACCUGAACCAUUAUUACAAAACGCAUCACUUCAACAACAACGUGCUGAGCCUGAACAUGUCCUCCGGAAUGCUCAACAACAAACCCAACAUUGGGUCCCAAAAUCAGGCUUCGACCCUGAAGAUGGGGAUCGCUUCUGGUGACCUCUCCAACCCCUCCUCGAUCUCGCCUCCCCUGCCGAUUCCCAUCCCGAUGGCCAUGACGUUCCAUGGAACUCUGAAAGGCCUUAGCCACGGUCCCAACAUGCAGACUGAGCCUCUGUUGCUUUCCAAUGGCUCCAAGGAGAGUGUUCAGGAGACCCAGAUCUGAUCUGCUCACACUUACAGAAAGGGAAGUAGACUGGGUUUUGUGCCAGUGGGACGGUCUUUGACGUUAUGUACUCUUAUGGAACGUCCUUCCGUUCCUCGCCGAAAGAUUCAAUGGAAUAUUCCAUUCAAUGGACAGAAGGACAAGCUUUUACACAUGAAGUGGACUUGGCGCUAUUGAGUACACACGUGCCAAAGCAAGCGUCUUUUUUGCAGUUCCUAUGAGUUGUGUCCACGUAUUAAAAUAUAGUCUAUAUUAAAGUAGUGUAAUUACAUAAAUGUUGGUUUGCCACAGCGACACAAUCACACAGAUGUACAGCAGCUUACAGACCUGUAUACAAACAUACACACAUUGACACUUCCCGGAGGUCGUUGCUCAUCACUAGGAGGUCAUCCUCACUAGGUAGUGUACCUGUGUGUGCGCGCGAGGGACGGCUUGGACUGAGACUGAUUCGGAAAUAAAGACUCGAACCGCUGUGAUCCAGAACACAUGCUUACAUUCCCUCUGCUUCAUUACGCCAUUGGAAUCUAGCACAAGUGAGAAUCCAUUCAUAAGCUCAUUAUCUGAAUCCGAAUACCACAAGACUCAAUUUCAGGGUGACAUGCAUUUUCAUCACCGUUCUAGGGGAAACGCAUCUUUGGCUACGGUACCCCCCUCACCUCCCCCCGCGACAUGCCGUGCAUAUGUACGUUUGGAGAGAUCUUGAGUGGCCGUUCGUUCUGUUUGUGCCAAAUUGAAGAGCAACAGCGAUGUGUAAGGGCUAUUUCACUGGCGUCCAAUGUUUAUUUUGAUGUGUCUGGAAGUCAAUGUGAAAUGCCAUUUUGGACCCGUUUUGCUGAUGAAUUAACAGGAUGUGAUGUUGGGUGGGACUUUAUUGGUUACAUUGGUGAACAUAACAGAAGCGACGUUUCCCAUUACGGUUUGGUUACAGAUUACAAAUGCAGAUUACAAUAUUAAAAAAGCAAAUGUGAUUUUAAGAUCUAUUUAGGCCUUCCGAUAUACCGAGAGCCGACCAAGACAUAAUUUCAGAGUGAAAUUUUAGAUUUUUAAAAGGUAGACAGUGAAAGAUGAUAUGAAUACGCUCAGAUUUUCCAGAUGAAAGAUUUUGCAAUAUAACGCGAUCUAAUGUAAAGAUUUUCAAGUAUACUGUUUCUAGAUUGAAUCAGUGGUCCGGGGUAAAGGGUUUAAGCUUCAGGGUUUAAAUCUAACGCAAGGGAGCCAUACGUCAGCUUCUAAAAGUCGCUGCUGACUACAUAAAGCAUUUUAUUGAUCAAGGUCUUCAUCCUUGAAUGGCUUUGAGUUGUGUAUUAACAAUGUGCAAUGUGCCAUUAAUGGAGUACACAUGUGUGUAUCAUUGUAAGUGCUGCAUUAAACUUGACUCCGUUUUUCAUUUCCAAUUCACCAUUAUCUUUUUAUCAGGAUGAUGUUGUUAAAAUUGAUCUUUUCUUUAAAACGAAUGAAUAAUGACGGUAAUCUUCAUAACUCAAAUGACACUAAAGUUGACAAAUUGGUUAGUUUGUUUCUGCAUUUAAUCUACUUCUCCAAUGAAUCUUUCUCAUUUAGGAAAACCUUUUCUUUUUUGUUAAAGCGCAGUAUAUGUACUUCAGCGAUCGGGGACAUGAUCCCCGAAAUCAGCCUACAGUAUGUCUGCCUGAUAUUCUUCAUAAUGGAAUUAUAGGAUAAACUGUUUUCUUUGUUGUGUUUUUUCUUUUCUUUUAUUGCUUUCCACAUUUCUCCCUACAGUACAAAGGCUGAUUGUUUUUGAAUAUCCUGUGCGGUUGCCUAGCAACAACAUCAUUGCCAGGAAAUGCUCUUUAAAGCUUAUUGUAGCGUCUGACCGUCAUCUGCUGAUGGGGAACAUAGGUAAAUCAUCAUUACGUCAGUAUAACAUAAGUAAAAGGUUAGUUAAUGUGAGGGGCCUGUUCUCUGAGUGGGCAACAGCAGACAAAACUAACACACCCAUAUUGUGUGUGUGUAGAAAUUUGGAAAGAUGGAAAACACAAACGCAAGAUGAGUCUAUUUGUCAUUUGUUUGUCAGAUUUGACUAUUUUAGUCUAUCAAGUGCAAUGAAAUGGUUACCCAUAUGACAACAUGCUUUGAAGACUAUAAUUAAAGUAUAUUUGAAGUAGCCAGUAAUCUCAUUCCUGCCAAAUGUGGAUUUUUCUCUUGCUUUUAAGGUCCCCAUGAAAUAGCUCGACAAGUUUUCUGUAUUUUCUAUUAAAAAAGAAAAGGUUUGAGCUGGAGUUUGUAAAAUACUUCAAAAUCUGUGCUCCCUAGAUCCAUCUUGGGCCUCCCCAGGGGACCACGGCCCCCAGUUUGAAAACCACUGUUCUACAGAGGAAAACGAGUCAUGCGUUGUCAGUAGUUUUGCUUGGUUUUUCCAGAAAAAGACCAGACAUUUUAAACGUGUGUAUCUGCCUAUAGUUGAUUUUAACAUCUUGUAGGAGUUCACAAACAUAUAACAUCUACAAAACACAAAUUUUGAUUUCAUGGGUUCUUUAAUAGUUUGAGACUGAGUCACAUCUGACUCACAGAUUGAUAUUGUAGACAACCAGCCCCAUGUUUGUUUUUCUCUAUUUCUUGUGUAUGAAUGUGAUCAUGUUCAGAUCUCUGCCGUCCUUUAGCAGAAACCUUUCCUCUUUCUGCAAAAUCUUCUUGAUUUGGUUUUCGAGAGAUAAUUCAUCUUAAAUUCGUCCCAUUUCAGAAUGCUACUAGCCCUGAGUUGGUAAAGAUGUUGCUGUGUUUUUAAGCGAGAGGAGGUUGUUUCUGAGCACAGACAGAUUGUGUUUAUGGACUGUAUCAUCACUCUGAAUGUGAUGUGUCUCUCGCUCUCUUUCUGUCAUCAUCUCACGCUGACCAUGUGCUCAUGUAUUGCCAUGUAUAUAAUCUAAAGAUGUAAAUAGUCUCUAUUUUUUGACUUACCAUGAGCAGAACACAGUUCUUCAGGAUUUGAGGCAGACUUUUUGGAAACUUUGCGUUUCUCGCCGUCUCUCUUAAUGGGUGAAUCUCGUUCAAUCAUGUCCAGGUCACAUUUCACUAUGAAUAUUCCAAAUCAAAAGCCAGAAAUGAAGCCUAUUUUGAGGACUAUGAAGAAUUUUGCAUUGUGACAUUUUCAUGACAAUUAAACACAUUUAACCUUUUGAUAAAAAAUUGUUUUUGAUUCUCCUCAUGAUUUACAUAAUCUACAUCCAGUCAACAACAAAUACUACCAUGAUGUUUAAAGUACUAAAAUAUAAAGAAUAACACACAAGUUGUCAUGAAAAUGAUUCACAAUGCAAAAGAGAUGUUUGGUUAUCCUUAAGCAGAAUAUCAUUUCUUAUUCAUUUGUGUUGAUGACGUGUGGGUGUGAAAUGUGAUCGGGACAUGUUUCUGACAGGUUGAUGCGUACAGUAUAUAUUUCUCUGCAUCUACAGAACAACACGUUCCCUGGAAUCAGUCGAGAUCUUCAUCUCUUCUGCAGUAUUAAAGUACAGUAUGGCUCUGUUCCAUUUAGCUCUGUUCUUGAUUUGUUUACUUAUUUAUUUGUACUGAAUAUUUUGAGUUCCUUCCGUUCUGUUCUUCUGUGUUGAUGCUGUGUAGUUCAGCUGUGGAGAGCUAGUGGAUUGCCCAUCGGUUCUGGGUCAAAGGUUGUGGCAAAUGCUUAACUGUGCGUGUAAGCCUCUGCAGUAUGCCAUUCACUACACGGACGGUCUUUACCAAUAAACAUGGACAUUUUGGCUUUAGAA